CUUAAAUUAUUCAAUAAAAAUGGUUAACCUCAAAGUCCAAAAAGUGCAAUUGCCUGAUCUUAGCAUUCCGUCUAAAGGUCCUUCCAAGAAGAGGUCUCCCAAUAGCAAGGCUGCAGGGAAGAUCUUUUCAAAGAAGCAGGUUUCGAAGAAGAUGAAAACCAAGAAGAAUGAAGAUCUCAAAUGAGACUUCCUCCAUAAUAUUCGAAAUGGCAGAAAAGUAAAUCCUGUUGUCCCAAGGUUCAGAAUUAACAGAGGUGCAGGGAAAGUCAAUCCAAAGGAAUUAGGUUUGAAUAAAACCUCUGUUAUGAACGCAAGGAAGGGCUUUAACAUCCCUAUUAUGAAGAAUGUCACUGGAAAAUUAUUCAAGAAAAGGAUUCCAAGGCCACCCGGAAUCAGCACUAAGAAGAAAAUUUGUUCUCCUUACUCACAGGCACGAUUACCCAGUCCAGGCUUGAGGAGUAAUUUCAAAGGACUGUCUCCUGCAUCGAGGAAUAUUUUCACUCCAAAACAGGUUUUAUCCUCAAUUUCUCCUGCCAAAUAUGAAGUGUUCACCAAAGAUUGCACCAGGCAGAGUAGCUCAAGAUAUGAGACCUCUGAAGAUUCUUUUGAAGAAGAGAAGCAAGUUAAGAAAGUAUUUAUGCACAGAACUGUAAGGCAAGACAAAACACAGGAACAAAAGACGACUAGACCAAAGCCUAGAGACACCUCUAGACAGCUCUAUGAUUAUCUAAAUGAUGUCAACCACCGCAAAGAUAAUGAAACAAUGAAGUCUCCUAAGAUGCAUAGGAAGCAGACAAACUUCUUCUAUGAAAUAUCCAAGACUAUUAAGGGAACUUAUGAACAGACUGUAUCCAGAAAUAAUAGGUCCUCCAGACAAUAUGCGAAUGUUAAGAAUAUGAAGACUUAUAAAAAGAUAAAUUUGUCCUUCAUGGAUAGCACUUUUGAAAACAUUGUGAAUGAGUAAUGCAGCAGCAUAAA